AUGAAUGAAGGACACACGCUGGUCAAGAGUGGGAAGGCUCUUCAACAUUACUGCGUCGAUGCAUUCUCAACAAUUGAACUAAAUCAACUUGCCUUUUUACGAAGCAAUCAAAAGGAGCUUAGGGCUGAAGUUUAUCAGGCUGAUAAGUUAGGACAUGUCAUCAUACCUUCUUCGUACACUGGUGGUCCGCGGUACAUGCAGCAACUAUAUUAUGAUGCAAUGGCAAUAUGUCAGUUCUUUGGAAAUCCUGAUUUAUUCAUUACAUUCACAUACAAACCUAUGGUGGUCUGCCGAGUGUUCCAUGUCAAGCUGAACAUGCUAAUUGAUGAAAUUCGAAGAAAAAAUUACUUUGGCAGGACUUUAGCAACGGAAAUUCCUGAUCCACAUCUUGAUCCUGUUGGAUAUGAAGCAGUCAUCAAGUUUAUGCUCCAUGGACCAUGUGGGAGUGCAAACUCAACAGCACCGUGCAUGAAAGAUGGGAAGUGUUCUAAAUUCUUUCCAAAAGAAUUCAAUUCAGAGACAUCAUUUGAUAAAUUUGGAAAUGCCAUUUACAGACGUCGAGAUACUGGAAUUCAGGUGGCAAAGGGUGAUGCAAUUCUUGAUAACAGACAUGUAGUUCCUUACAAUAGGAAUUUGUUGGUUCUGUUGCAGGCACACAUAAAUGUUGAGAUAUGUCAUAGAGGAGCUCUUAUUAAAUAUCUUUUCAAAUACUUAACCAAGGGACCAGAUAGGCAAUCAAGUGUUCGGAAUGUCCUUAGGAACCCAAAAGCUGGAAAGACACACCUCACACAGUGGUUUGCUUUGAAUAGAAGAGAUCCAGAAGCAAGGAAGCUAACUUAUGCACAAAUACCGAAUGCAUACACAUGGAGUGCAGAUGAAAAUGAGUGGACUGUUCGUAAGAAAGGAUUUGCUGUCGGCAGAAUUGCAUAUGUUCCUCCUGGAAGUGGCGAUGUCUUUUUUUUAAGACUCAUGCUGACAAAAGUUCCUGGGGCAAGAAGUUACAUUGCUUUGAGAACUGUCAAUGGAGAAAUCUGCCCAAGUUAUGAAAAAGCAUGUGAAAAGUUGGGACUUGUAUCCGACUCUUCAGAAUGGAUUCGAGUUCUACAUGAAAUCUCUGCUUCUAGCAUGCCAAAUUUAAUAAGAAGUACAUUUGUGUGUAUGUUGAUAUUUUGUGAGAUACCAAGUCCUCUGGAAUUGUUUGAAUCAAGCUGGAGAUUCAUGGCCGAAGAUCAUUCUCACUCUCUUAGAAAACAACUUCAUUCAUCAACUUUUCAGCCCUUUGAGGAAAGACUGCGUAAUUGGGUUCUCCAUCAACUGGAUGCUUUGCUGGGAUCCUAUUCAUCAUCACUUGAACAAUUUAACCUGCCAAAACCAACAGACUCGGCUGCAGACGAUGGAACAAAUUCAUUACUCAAUGACCAUUUGAAUUUUAAUGUGCUGCAGCAACAAGAGCUAUCAGAUUCGCUGCUACGAUCAUUAAACGCAGGUAAGUUUGAAGCCUACUCAGCAAUUAUGCUUUCAAUUCAUGCAAAUUUGGGGCAAUCUCUCUUUUUGUAUGGCCACGGAGGUACUGGAAAGACUUUCUUAUAUAAUACCAUCAUUUCAAAGCUGAGAAGCAUCUCGAAAGUUGUGAUUGUUGUAGCUUCAUCAGGAAUUGCAGCUACUCUUCUUCCAAAUGCUACAACAGCUCAUUCGAGAUUCAAAAUCCCACUUCAUUUGGACAACACAUCAACUUGCUCAGUUAAAAAAGGAACCCACCUAGCUGAACUGAUACAGAAAGCAGCACUGAUUGUAUGGGAUGAAGCACCGAUGACGCAUAGGCAAGCAUUUGAGGCUGUGAAUAGAACCAUGUGUGAUUUGAUGAAUAUACCUUUGGUGGGAUCAGGGCAUAAGCUGUUUGGGGGGAAAACCGUGUUGUUUGGGGGGGGGGGGAUUUUAGGCAAACUCUGCCUGUCAUUCCAGAUUCUGGUCGAGAGCAAACAGUUGAUGCUUCACUAA